AUGGCGCCAUACCCAGCGCAGCCCAUCAAAGGCCGGGAACGAUACCGAAUCAUGAUGGAUAUCCGCAAACUGGACGUCCAAAACUGGCUGACCCUCGACCAAAAUUACAUGGAAGAGCAUCGCGUGCGAGACGACCUGCUUCGCGAGAAGCGAGAGAAAGUUCUCCAAUGCCUGCCCGAGUCACAAGACGCCUGCCAGGAGGCGUUGGGAGAAGUCUCCGAUUUUCUCUGCGACAGAUUUCCCAACAUGUUCCAAAAAGUGGUGCAAGACGGAAAUUGUUUCAUUCGAAACCGCAUGACAGGGGAGCAAUUCGACAUUGGUGGCGCACCUGGCGGUGAAACUAUCGACGCGCUUGAGGCGGCAGUCCGACUUACAAUGGAGGAUCUCAGCAUUUUGAUGAUGAACGAGGACGGCGAGUACUACCUGGCCGCCAGUGCCAGUCUGUUUCCGACAGGGUGGACUGUCGAGGAGCGCAUCGGGUGGACGAUCUCCCGCCUGCAUCAACCUGUGCCGCUAUGGCAUCAGCACGUUGCGAGCUCAGUUAGCAAGUUCCUGGCGCGACUGACGCCAACGUCCCCGAUGGAGCGGUCGAACUACUUCGUGGAGAUCAAACGGCCCGACGAGAAUCUGAUUGAGAUUUUGUAUCGUCCAAAGGGGCUGUGUGAGAAAGACAUUUGCAGUCCUUCGCCGGAGGAGAUUCUGAUUCGCCGUGAGAGACAGACUUUCCGUCGACUGCCAAAAACCGGCACCAUUCUCUUCGGGGUGAAAACGUACCUGACUCCUCUGGACCAGCUCCCGAUGCAGGAGCUGGAAAAUCUCGCCACCGAAAUGAAGAGCUGGCCUCACUAUGUGGGUGAGUACAAGGGAAAGGAGGUAUGGGGUGCCAAGGUCUUGGAGUUUUACCAAAGCCGAGUGAGUCAGGUGGACAAGGUUGAGGUCUGA